UUUCGGUCCCACGGUGUCCCCAGUGACUAGAGCCCACCUAAAUGAUGUUAUUGGCAAAAGCUUUGCUGGUGUGCUGUUUCACGAUAUUGGCCGAACUCAGCGUGAUUGAAGCUCUCUAUCAAAACGAAUUUAUCAACGAUCUGUUGGAGGAACGAAAGCAUUAUGAGGCAGCCCAAAAAUCUAUUGCUGAGUGGAGAAGCACACUUACCAGAAACAGGAAAAAACGAGCAGACAAAGUUGUUUGCUAUGGGGAGCUGGGCUGCUUCGAAGAGACUGCAUAUCUGGAAAUGCUUCCAUCGUCACCGGAGGAAAUCAACACAAAAUUCUACGUUUAUUCGGCCAAGCAUCGGAGUGAGAAGCCCAUUCUGGAGUUUUUCUACGAUGAAAUUGCUAAAACGAAUAACGGCACCACACCCACUCCGCCACCUACUGCACCCCCGACACAAUCCACAACAGCGAAGGCUACUAAUGGAACCGCACCAGUCAAGCAUCGCUAUGCACCAGAGAAGAUCUACGAAAAAUUCGGGAAUCUGGAGAACGUAACAGCAAGGGCCAUCAUCCAUGGUUUCGGAUCUAGCUGCACGCACGUUUGGGUGUACGAAAUGAGGACAGCUCUAAUGGCAGUGGAAGACUGCAUUGUAUUAUGCAUGGACUGGGAAAAUGGAGCAACGUUGCCGAACUACGUCCGAGCGGCUGCCAAUACACGACUGGUUGGAAGACAGCUGGCAUAUCUGCUGAAAGGGCUAGAAGAGCACAACAAACUUAACAUGACUCGAGUUCAUUUGAUUGGUUUUAGCUUAGGUUCGCACGUAGCCGGAUUCGCCGGGAUGGAACUGAAAGGUCUGCAGCGUAUCACGGGGCUGGACCCUGCCGGUCCACUGUUUGAGGCACAGCACCCUCAUGCUCGCCUGGACGAUACCGAUGCCGGGUUCGUUGAUGUGAUUCACUCGAAUGGCGAGAAUCUGAUUCUCGGAGGUUUGGGAUCAUGGCAACCGAUGGGUGCGGUUGAUUUCUAUCCGAAUGGGGGCCGAGUACAGCAUGGUUGUUCUAAUCUGUUCGUGGGUGCCGUAACUGAUAUAAUUUGGGCUCCACCUGGUUCGGUGGAAGGACGCUCACUAUGCAACCAUCGAAGAGCGUAUAAAUUCUUUAUUGAUUCGGUGGCACCAAAGUGUUUGUUUCCUGCAUUUCCUUGUGAUAAUUACGAAAGUUUCCUAAAAGGAGACUGUUUCACUUGCAACCGAGUUGAGAAUGGAACGGAAACGUCCGUUUGCGGAAACAUGGGUUAUUAUGCGGAUCGAUCCGUAGGACGAGGUCAGUUGUAUUUGAAGACUCGUGAGGAGGAGCCUUUCUGUGCCCAUCAGUAUAAGUUGCAAAUCCAGAGCGCACCGAACGAGCUCCCUUUGAGAACGCUUGGGCGAUUGGAGGUGGAACUAGAAAGUGACGGUGGACUGACAGAGGUGUUCACCAUUACCGAGAAAGAUGAUGCAGAAAUUUUCGCAGGUGAAAUGAUUUCGCAGAUUCUCGUGCCACAUCCGGCGCUCGGCUUCCCAAAAAACAUUACGCUCACCUAUAUGGCAUAUAAAGGAUGGCUCACCAGAGGAUUGACGACUUGGAGCAUCGACAAAAUCAUUUUGAGUGACGGAUUUGGGAAAAGCUUCUCAUUGUGUAAACAAAUGCACUUGGAAUCCAACUCCCCGCUUCACAUGACGCUUCUAUCUGGAGAAUGUGAAGAUGAAGACGACUACGUACAUCAGCAAACAGAUGAAGUUCAUUCAACUGAUUCACCGGAAGAGAGCGACGAAGGUGACGACUAUGAUGAUACAUCCAAAGGGCAAAGUAACGAAAGAAAUGAUGUCAACCCGCAUGCCUAUGCUUCACAUGGAUUCCGUGGUAAGGGACCCCAUGUUGAUUUUGAUAAAAAUAUAGAUACUCAACCGUGGCAACCGAUCGUCAUUGAUCUACCGAGGAGUUAUCGAAAUGCUGAUAUAAACAGCUCAUACCCCGUCUAUAUCACUCCUUCUACAACAAAUCCAACCACGACAACGCGGGAAGCUAUCAGUGAACCGAUUCUGAAACGGGUGCAGCAUGAACCACGAAAGCUACAAAACAAAAGCAAGGAUCGCAGCAGCGACAAACGGUCAAUCGAAUCGCCUUCCAGCAAGGACUUGGCGGCUCCACCACCGCCACCUCCGACAGCAGAAAGUAAAAUGAUCACCGUGCAGCUGUUUCCUUAUAGAUUUGCGAAUGUUUUUGAGAAAGCAGAACGAUACGCAAGACUGACCUUAUUGCCAUUACUGACGGAACAAUUUCCACAGUUUUUUAGAACUACCAAGUCAAUUGAUGAUGAAUCUUCUCACCUCGAAAAUGUAGAGUUCAAUGAGACGGAGCCAAUCCCAACUCCGACAAUAUACAAAACAAACAGAACCGAUAAGCCGACUGUGGCGAACAGGAGGUCAGAUUCCCAGCUCACGACAGUCAGUGAUUCGCUCGGAGAGCAAAGGAAUUUCAAUGGUGGCGAUAAACUUGAUAUCCUACCACCAAGUACUCGCCGAGCUUACAUCAGCGAGGAUGCACUGUUCAGUAUGCACCGAGUAGAAGAGUCAACCGCGAAGGCGGACGAUUCCCCCAGGAGGGUCGACGAAGACAGCGAGGAGGAGCCGAUAAUUCGGAUAGACUUGCCAACGUUCAGGCCUCCAAAGUCGAAGAUGUUGUCGCUCGCAGAUCCACCGCAGUCGCGAUUCAUCCCGCUGAAUUACAAGCAGGAGAGUAAAGAGGAUGUGAUGAGAAGCAGCAUACGCAACGUGAUGGGUGAUACAAAACCAAAUGAUAGCAAAAGCUGAGUGUGAGAGAGAAAUUGUGACAGUAUUUAAUUAUAUGUUGUAAGUGAUAUCUGUUAAUGAUUUAAUUAUUAGCGCAAUUAUACGUACUUUAAAUACGUUUCUAUUGUA